GGUAUUUUCGGUGUAUGGCAGUCGUGUAGGUUUACUUCUUACGGAAACACCCGAAGCUGCGUGUCUGCCAAUCUGGUCGGUAUGUUUUAUAAUUUCAGGUUAUUUGUGUUAUGAAACCUGCGCGUGCCGGCCGCGUAACAUCAUUUUUCUGUUCGUAUUUUGUGAUUUAUUAAAGAAAUGUUGCGGCAUCUACGACGUUUGGAGGCCAUUGGACGCCGCACAAGGAAGUACUACACCGUGAAGUCUGAAGUAGCUUCCAGUUUGAAGGAAAAUCCACUUCCAAAGCAACUUGAAAUUCAAAUCAAGGCUGCAGGACCCAUCACUGUAGCAGAAUACAUGAAGCAAGUCUUAAUACAUCCAAUGGGUGGAUAUUACAUACACAAAGAUGCAUUUGGUCCAACUGGAGACUUUGUAACUUCUCCAGAAAUCAGCCAGAUGUUUGGAGAGAUGAUUGCCAUUUGGUUUCUGAAUGAAUGGCAAAAGAUUGGAUCUCCUAAACCAUUAAAUAUUGUGGAAUUGGGUCCAGGUAGAGGAUCACUCAUGCAGGAUCUAUUAAGAGUGUUUGGACACUUUGAUGCACUCAAAGAAGCAAGCAUUCACAUGGUGGAAGUGAGCGACCUGAUGGCGGACAUGCAAGCGCGCCGCUUGUGCAUCAACGUACGACGCAUCAACGAAAAAGACGCGAAUUUCUACAAGGAAGGCUACAAUUCCAACGGGAUUCCAAUCAGGUGGUAUCGGAAUUUCUCACAAUUACCGCCCGGGUUUUCAUUUCUCAUCGCGCAUGAGUUUUUCGACGCGUUGCCUAUACAUAAAUUCGUCAAAACCCCGGAGGGAUAUCGCGAACUGUUGAUUGACAUUGAUGAGACUACACCCGGUAAAUUUAGAUAUGUACGUGCACGAGAACAAACCCCAGUCGGGAAAAUGUUUAUACGCGGGGAUGAAACACGCAGCGACAUUGAAAUCUCCCCAGACUCGCUUGUGUUGGCAAAAGAUAUAUCACAACAUUUGGAAGAACAUGGUGGAUUUGCUCUUAUCGCAGACUACGGCCAUUCAGGCGAUGGUAAAGUAGAAGCAGACACAUUUCGUGCGUACAAACAACAUAAACAACACGAUCCGUUGGUGGAUCCAGGAUCAGCGGAUCUCACCGCCGAUGUGGACUUUGGUGUAUUACAGAAAGCUAUUCACCAACAAGGCGGGACAAUUACUUUUGGUCCAGUCACUCAACGAGAGUUUCUUUUGAGUUUAGGAAUGCAACAACGCUUGGAGAAGUUAAAACAAAUCGAGGGCGUAACAGACGAAACACGUAAAGUUUUAGACUCUAGUUUUGCGAUGUUGACAGACGAGGCGCAGAUGGGCAAGCGUUUUAAAUUCCUCGCAGUAAUGCCGGCGGUGCUACAAGAGUUCCUCAAGAAAUUCCCACCCGUUGGUUUUACUAACACGUAAGAGUUGACAUGAAUUAAUUAAUUGCAUUCAGUGUGCAAUUACGCAAUCACUGCGAGAGACAGCGUGUGGCAUUGAAAGGAACUGCGCGUAAUGCGCUUAAUUGUUAUGUAUUUAAUAAAUUUACCUGCUAGUUAAUAGUA